AUGAAGUCUUUUCUCAUCCUGACCCUCGUGGCGCUCUCCAUGAGCACCCCAGCCCCUCUCCGCCUAGAUCAAGAUGUGGCAGUCUCUUCGGCAGUCUCGACUUCCUCUGAUCCGAGCCAGGAUACUGGGGACAGCCAAGACUCAAAGAGAAACGUCGCGCGUCAGGCAGGCUACUGGUCCUGCAGUGUGCCCUCCGACUCAGUCUAUACAAAAGCACGAAACGUACUUAACUCUUGCGGUGCCGGCUCCCAGAAGCAAUACUUUGUGGUCCCUCCCAGUGACAACCUUUUGGCUUGUUCAACAGCACCAGGGUUUACCUACACCUCGGUCCGGGAAUCCCUAAGCCCGUGUGACGAAGGCAGGCCGUCGAAGCAAUACAAGCUCCGAAAGCCAGUCGCAGGCCUCGUUGCGUGUACGGUCCCGAGCAAGUUCACGUACAAGGUCGUAAGGAGCACUUACAACACAUGCGCAGUCAACACGUAUGCAAAUGUGUAUACGCUCAUUCAGCCGGUUGACAAAAUGGAAGCCUGCACCAUCCCGGACGGCUUUGUGUACACCAAAGUGAGGACUGUGUUUGCCUCCUGCAGCGCCAAUGGAAACGCCGACAUCUACACGAUACGCACGCCUUCUCAAGGGCUGGGGGCGUGCAACGUGCCGGAAGGGUGGGGCGUUUCUACGACGAGGUCGGUCUAUGAUACGUGCCGUGUAUACCAGUACGCGCCGCAGUACGUUCUGACGAAGAAGAAAUGA